GGCGUAGCAGGAAGACACAGUCAGUCCGAGCUGCGGCGUAGCGGAUCCCGGGGCUUAUUCCCACCCCUCGGCUGUCAUUCGGAGCCCAGCCUAUUACUCGGGUGCUCUACACAUUGCCUGCCCCUCUCCAGGACCUCGCCGUGUCAGGCUCGCUGGUGACAGGUACCCGCGUGACAGUGCGCGACGUGGGCGGGAAGCUGGUGACAGCACGAGGGACCCCCGACAUUCUGGGCGGUGGUGGUCUUCUCUCUACAUCGGACUGGCAGCUAGAGGCGAGGUCCACAAUGUUAUAGUUAUGAUUAAAAAGGAGUAUUGAAUUUCCUACGAAAAAAAAAAAAUAGCUGUGGGCUGCGCAGACCUUCGCGUGGUGGACUGCAAGGUAAUAGAAUGGAUAGCACCCAAACUAGUUACACAGGCCAAGCAUUUUUCAAAGACUUGUCAUGCAAGGGAAGAAUUCCAAAAAUGGUUAGAGGAAUGUUAAACCAAGACCUGAGAAAAACAUACCCACUGCGUGGCCAGCUUGCUCCAAAAAUGAAUGAGAAAACUUGCACAGUUGUUCUCACCAGACUAGAGGAUGUAGCGGGGUCGUGUAUUAUGGAAGCCCAGGGCGGUGCGUCACCCGGCAUCUCUUGCUGGGUCGAUAACUUUGGAACUUUAAAGGUUCAUACUGGGAUUCCCACAGAAACUCUGAGGAUCAGUUCAAAGAAGAAGAGAUUUCUUGUCUCUGCUGGGGUAGAGCCUACCCAUGAUUUUCCUGAACCCAGAAAAAGAAGAUUAGCUUCUCUGAACGCAGAAGCCGUAAAUAAUCUUUUGUUUGAGAGAGGCGAUAGUUUUUCUGCCAGAAAAAUCCAGAAAGACGCUAGUGAAAGUGGCGACCAUUGCAAGUCGGGUGCGGAGUGGAAUUCAUUAAAGCCAGAUUGUCGGCUUAUUCGCAAAAAAAUCAGAACAAAAUGUCCCCAUAAGUUACCAGAAGAGGUAUUUGAUGAUUUAAAGAAGGAGAGUAAUGAAGUGUCUUAUCCUCCUGCUCCAAAGAGACUAGCGAGUUUGAAUGCAGUAGCGUUUUUGAAGCUCACUAAUGAGAGAGACCCUCCUCUGAAGCAAAGGAGCAAAUCAGAUGGAGACAAUGGGCGCUCUGUCAACAGCUGUUCAAAGUCCAAGGUGAAGUCUACACGGUCCCAUAAAAAGAACUGUGUAAAGUCCAAAAAAGAAACCUUGCAUAGGAAAGUUGAGGACUACAAUGGCUGGCAAGGUGGGCCUGAAGUUAGAUUUCUGAAACCAGAGCUUCGAGACUCUUUUAGGUCAUUGGGGAAAAUGGAGGGUGUUCAAGUGGAACAGUCUUCCAGCUACAAUGAUGGCUCAGAAUCCUCUUACCACAGACUGCCUUUGUUAAUGGGAGGGCAAGCUUCCAUGAAGCCUGAAUAUGGAAGACCAGGUGAAAAGUCUCCCACUCCUAAACAGGACUUCCAGCAGCCUUCUUUCCCAGUGCAGCAACUACACCGGUUGCCAGUUCCAGGCAGCCCAACAGACUGUAUCUGCCUCUUUGACUCCUCCGACCUGAAUCCUUUGGAUGGGAUUUACAAUACGUAUGGCCAAAGUGGAUUACCAUACAAUGGAUACUCUGAUAUCUCCCUGUACCCAAAAGGCAAAGUGUUUUCUCAGUCUGUGCCCUGCGAAGAACUCUUGGUUGCGCAGAGCUCCUUACCGCACACGGCAACAUUUGAGCAUCUGCCGUGGUGUAACUCUCGCUGUUCCUUUGGAGAAGAUCCUGGGACUAAUACAGACACUCUUUGCGGUGUGAUAAAACUGCCUCUUGCCAGAGUCGGUAACACACAUACAGGACACAGCAAAUAUCCAUAUAAGAAGCCUUUUACUGCAGAGGGAUACAAAUCUUUAGACCAGCUCAGCAUAACGAUCCCUACAGCCGGUCACCCUGUAUCUCCUGCUCACCCGCUCUCAGGAUGUCCAGUUCCAAGUGUCCCGCCCGCUGCGGAGCCUGUACCAUACCUGCAGACCCCCAACUCAGAACCUCAGACAAUGGCCAUGCUUAAGACUGCACGGGAGUGCCCGCAAAGCUCUAAACCACCAAGUGGCUCCAAGUCGGGAGUCAGGAACACCUCUGGCUGCUUCCAUACUUCUGGCAACAAAACAAGCAAAGGCCACAACCAUCCCAAACAGCAGCGGAUAAGCAGAAGGCGGGCUACAAAUGGUUGGAUGCCUCUUGGAACACCCUGUGAAAAAGCAGUUUAUGUGGUGAAUGAACCUGAACCAGCGCUGCGAAGGAGUUAUCAAGCAGUGGAGAGGAAUGGAGAGAUUAUUCGGGUCCGAGACACUGUCCUUCUAAAAUCUGGUCCCAGAAAAAAAUCCAUGCCCUAUGUGGCCAAGAUAUCUGCAUUGUGGGAAGAACCCAAAACUGGUGAACUGAUGAUGAGUCUCUUCUGGUACUACAGACCAGAGCACACUCAGGGAGGACGGAAUCCCAGUAUGCACAAGAAUGAGAUCUUUGCCUCCCGACAUCAAGAUGAGAACAGUAUUGCCUGCAUAGAAGAAAAGUGCUAUGUCCUGACAUUUGCAGAGUACUGCAGAUUUUGUGCCUUGGUAAAGCGACGAGGGGAGGGCUGUCCAAACAGGAAAGCCUUGAUUGUCCCUCCCUCCGAAGAGUAUUGCACCCCUCUACACCGCAGGGUGCCGGACAGCACAGACCCGGAGCUGGUGUUUCUGUGCCGGCAUGUUUAUGAUUUCCGGCACGGACGGAUCCUGAAGAACCCGCAGUAGUUGGGAGCGUGGAUGGACGCCAGCCCUCCUGCAGCCUAUGACUGUUUCCAGCAUUCCGCGCACAGAAACGACCUGGAAACGUCUCGCUGUAGCCUUCAGGCCAUGGAUUCAGGAAAAAGACACUGGUUGAAGUACUCAGCAGUUGAAAGCACAGCACUUCGUUAGAGAUAAGCAUAAAUUAAAGGAAAAAAAAACUAAUAAAAUAAAAAAAUAACAAAUUAUAUAACAAAAUAUAUAUAUAUAUAUAAAAAUAAAUAUAAGAAUAUAUCUAUAUAUUGCGGAAAAUAAGCCAGUACAUCAGGUCAGGAACCAUGAUUGCAAGGUUUUGUGUAGGGAUGUGUUAGUGCAUGUUUGGGCCAAACUCGGUUCAAAUGCCUUAAUGUGUCACACAGGUCCCUGUCACACCCACACAGAGGUGACAACACUUUUGGCCGUAUAGGCAGGCUUCAUUUUUUGUACUUUAUUCCUAUUUACCCUUUGUGUUGAGAAGGAAAGAGAAUUAUUCCAGGCAAAACAUAUUUCACCAUUUUAGACUGAAUA